AUGUGUGCCAACUCUGACUCAAAGUCUAAUGGGAGUGCAGGGAAAUCCGAAGAUGGCCCAGAACUGGAAGAAAAUCUCCCAUCUUCUUCUAGGGUCAGACCUAUGAAGAGACAGCGGUGUACAAAAGUUGACAGAACAGAUGCGGCUGAGUUAGUUGCACUUGAAUCGGAACAUUUGAGUAAUGGUAAGAUUGAUGCCAAAACCAGCAGUGGAAACAAUUCUUUAAAACUUGCCGGGUCCACCAAGAUGGGCACCAUCAAAGAGACAAAUGCCACAACCAGCGGUGGAAACAAUUCCUUAAAACUUGCUGGGUCCACCAAGAUGGCCACCAUCAAAGAGACAGAUGAACUUGCUUCACAUUAUUUAGCUGUAGGUUCCAAUGUUGAGGUCCUCUCUCAAGACAGUGGAAUUAGAGGAUGUUGGUUUAGAGCUUCAGUUAUCAAAAAGAGCAAAGAUAAAGUGAAGGUGCAAUAUUUCGACCUUCUGGAUGCUGAGGAUGAAGCUAUGAGGCUUGAGGAAUGGAUUUUAGCUUCUAGAAUUGUGGUACCUGAUGAUCUGGGUCUCCGACUACCUGAGAGGACCAAGAUCCGACCACAGACAAACAAACGUGGAAUGUCAUUUGUGGCUGAUGUUGGUUACAUUGUUGAUGCCUGGUGGCAUGAUGGAUGGUGGGAAGGCAUUGUGAUUCAAAAAGAGCUUGAUGCCAGAUAUCAUGCCAAAUAUCACGUUUAUUUCCCAGGUGAAAAGGCGGUCUCCAUUUUUGGUCCUAGUUACUUACGGCAUUCUCGAGAUUGGACAGGGAAAGGGUGGGUGAAAUUAAGGGAAAGGCCAGAUAUUGUUGCUUCUAAAUUAUCAUUAUCAAACUUGAAAACAAAACAAAAUUUAUCCAAAUCUGAUUACGAAAAAUCAAAUGCAGCACCUUUGGGGGAUCAAUCUAAGCAGACUAAUAUUCACUCAGGUUUUUCUGAAAGGGAUAUACUUAUUAGAAAGCCCGAGGUUGUUCCAGAUCUUUUGAAGGAUGUUUUAUUAUCCCAGUUAAGGUGGAAGUCAUCCCGAAAAAGAAAUCAAGGUGGUACCUCUCAACAGAAGGAAAAGUAUAGUGAUAGACACAGGAAAUUGUCCCCAUCGAUUCUAGAGUCGGAUGAUUCAGAUAGUUUUGCGAUUUCAGCUUCAUUGAAAGUUGACCAAGAUGACUACAAAUACCAGGGAGAUCCUUCCAUUUUCAGCUCCUCAGUCGUCCCAUCGUUAACCAACAUGGUUAUGUGUAGGUGA